ACUCAAUAGAACACUUUCUUGCAUAUUUAAAUUUGUCAAGUGCAAGUAUCGACGAAUUUCCCAAUUCCGUCUUCAACAGAGCUUGCGUGGUUCUUGGUCGGUCACUCUUCCAGACCCAGCCAAGCCAAAUGCAACUUCCUUGCUACUAACUUCUCGGAGACCAAUUGAUCUGAUCGUCGUUUGAUUGCUUUCAUAGUAAACUGAGCGUAAUAACGGGUGGGGAUCACUUAUUCUAUACUUUUGUUUGUUCGUGUAAAGGGUAAACUUUUACCGAAAAGUAGCUUUCAUGAAGCAAUUCGCGCUCCAGAGCCUCAGUAUUCCCUCAGAAAUAAAAUCAAAGGCAACAUGCAUUGUUACUAUAGGUGACUUUAUAAUUGUCGGUGACAACCAAGGAACGCUCUACCAAUUUGAUGUAUCCGUUCAAUCCAAUACAGAUUAUGCGUUUUUACAAAAGAAAACGUUAAAGCCGGCGGCAUGCGUUCACAGCCUUACAAAUGUUCCAUAUGCCAAACUUCUACUAGUACAUUAUGGUACUUGGCUUACAUAUGUAAACCCGUAUACGCUCGCACGAAAGAAUGUGUUCCUGAUGGAUCAAGUCAAACAACUUGCGUUCGAUAAACCACUUUCGAGUCCGGCCACAAUGUUUCUUGCUAUCACGGAAACUCAGCUGAAAGAAUUGUACAUUCAGAAAGAUGGGAUAUUACGCAAACACAAGGAAUUUCCAUCGGGAGAUGUUAUACAAGCUUCCUACCGGAAAGGAAUCGUUUGUCUUGCGGGAAAGGAAAUGUACACGCUAAUCGACUUACAGGCAGAAACAAGCCUUCCUCUAUUCCCAACACCUAUGUGUAACCCGGAAUCAAAAUUAGAAGAUUUUUGCGAACCGCUGAUAGCGAAAUAUCACGACGAGUUUCUUCUAAUUGCUGGAAGCGCAGAUGCUGCAAUUGGUAUGUUCAUUGACAAAACAGGCUCAGUCACCAGAAACACCGUACUGUUUCAAGAGUAUCCAAAAACACUUUACGUUAAUGAUGGAAUUGUAUUUGCAUUCGGAAAGUCCAAGCUACACAUCAUUAACGUCCAUGAUCAAGAACAGGAACAGGUGCUUGAUUGCAACAUAUCUAAUUAUCCAUAUUUUUGCCCUGUGAAAUUACCUGUUUUUGAUCCAAUAGACGUGGAUAAGCUCACAUUCGUUUAUGCGCUUGUUGAUUUUCCACCUGCAUAUGAGGAUGCUGUCCUUGCAAAGCGCGCAGCCUGCUCUUAUUCAUUCUUCGUACUUUUAGGCUCAUCUGACUGGUUAGCCGUUCACGUACAAUCACCUUUUCUUUUUCUACAAGACAGUAUAUUGAAGGGGGAAGUAGACUCUACGCUUAAACAAUUACGGAAGCGAGCACAAAAUCCGUCAAAAUAUGGACUUUCCAAUGAGACCAUUUUUCAACAAACCUUGUAUCUUGAACAGCUCAUCGCUCUCCAUUACUGGAAGGAAAACCUCUUUGAGGACAUGCUCAAAUACCUGAAGAGCUCGAAAAUGGAUCCCCUUCUAUUACUUUCCCUAUUCCCGCGCUACCGUGUUGCGACUGAUACGGUUAUUGUUUAUAAGGGGAUCCUCGAGCAGAUUCGCAGCGUUCCUCCAUUUGAUGAGUGCAUAAUUGAACAUCUAAAACACAAUGAGCUUUACAAAGAAGCUGACGACGCAACUAAAUCUCAGAUCCUUAAUCUUUCAAAAGAGAAUGCCUUAAUAAUGCUUCAUAGAUACUUAUCCUGGUUCCGUGGACAGAAAGGUUAUGGAAGCUUGUCUGGGAAAAAUGAUCAGGAAAAGUUCAAAAUUGUCGAGAAGACGCUUCUCCACUUGUACUUUGAUGUCCAGUUUUCAAGUGAUCGUACAGAUGAUUUGAAAGAAUUGUUGAGAACAGCAACAGAUUUAACAGACGAAGCGCGGCGAGUCCUCGAGUCGCAUCAUGAGUAUGGGUUGCUUGUGUAUAUGUACAAAGUGACCCACAAUACCGAAGGAGUUUUAGUCACGCUUAAAAAGAUCAUCAGCGGUGAAUGCGACAGCACUACCGUUCCUGACGCUGUACUUCAAUUAUACGACGAACUCCUUCAUACCAAGGUUUCUCCGCUCUUUUGGCGCUACGCAACUUGGUUUGCUCAGCGCGAUCCUUCGCUGGCCUCCGACGUUCUCGUUGCGCGCACAAAAGAAGGCAACCUUGAUGCUGACGAUGUCGUCAGGAACUUUGUCAACGAGGAUGGUCCUGUUUUGAUCCUUUUUUUGAAGUAUAUCAACAACCCGGUCUACAGUAAUCUCUGUAUCCAACUAUGUCUGCAAUACGUUAUACGCUGCAUUGAAAAUGACAACACCAUCUCAACUUUCUUCCGCAAGCUUGUUGGCUCUUACCGCUGUUUGGGUCUGAAGAAACCGUCUUUUGAGCAAUACAUCGAGGAAAAGGUUUCCCAGAGUGAAGCCCUUGAUUCAAUCGUUAAAAUCGCUUACUUACAGUUAGUGCACCUACUGUCAGAGACAAAAAGCAUGGAAGACAGCAAGGCAAUGCAGCUCAUCGAAUGCAUGACCAAGGUCAAGUCGCUACUUCCUCAUGUUUCAGCUCAUCUUUAUCACCUUGUUGGGGAUCACCAGCAAGCCUUGCACGAAAUGCUACAGCUAUUUGACUUCAAGACCGCCAACAAAUACUGUCUCGACAACUACCAAAGAGAAGAAAAGUGCUGGGAAUGGAUGCUACAAGGGCUUCUCGAAUGUAAUUCGACGCCCCUUCCUGAGAGGGUGCUACUGGAUGAGACAGAAGAGGAUGUGUCACAACUCGAGCUGCAAGAAGUAGCCGAGUAUAUUUCACAUUUUCUUGCACGCAAUUUCAUUCACUAUGACUUUUCGAUGAUACUAAAGCAUUUCAGCGGAGACUCCCCGUUGUGUCUGUUUACAGAAUACUUCAAAGCCCUUCAGAGACACCAAGCAAUGCGUGCCUACAAAUCUGAAAUUCGUCUCAAUCUCCAAAAAGGUUUAUGGCGACAAACACGCGAUCUUCUGACGGCCCUGACUGAGCGCAAGGAAGACAAAGAUGUUAAAAUUCAUGACUAGCUACUUGAGCAGCCCAUCGCAAUGACCGGCUGAACUGUUUAUAACUAAAUGAACCUUUCUAUUACGAAAUACAGUACUAAUUUUACUACAAUGAUACAAUGUAAGCGCAGAUUCCGCCA